AGAGAAUAGACAUUUGCUUUCCUGCCUGCCCAGUGAACGAGGCACCGACAAGGCAAAAUAGUAUUGCACAUACAUAGCUCGUCUAUGUGCCUAUCUAUAGCGUAUUUUGUUUUCAUGUGGUCAAAUUACUAAUUGGUAACAUAAUGUGGAGGCCGACUUUCACGAUCUUACAGAAAGUAGUCUUGCCUUCGCUCAGAGAUAAUUUAAAUGUCACAAAAAUUCUUUUUUCUACUAAAAGCCGGCUUCCAAAGUCGACAUCAAAGUUAACCCUUGUUAGUGCUAGUAUCGGUGUUCUCGUCGGCGCAGGUUAUGGAGGUUACACGCAUUAUAAAGUGAACGUUAAAAAGACUUUCAAACCUGGUGAGACUGAGGAGUACGCAUUUUUGAAAGAAGCUCCAGAGUAUGCAGCUCAUUACAAAAUAAUCAACGAUGCGGAUACAAGCAACCUACAGCUUACGCUGUUUCAAUACCGGACAUGUCCAUUCUGUUGUAAAGUCCGAUCAUACUUGGAUUCUCGUGGAAUCAGUUAUGAGAUAGUAGAGGUAGAUGCGGUGCUUCGGCAGGCUAUUAAGUGGUCAGGAUACAAGAAAGUCCCCAUACUGCUUGCAAAAGUGGAUGGUGGUUACCAGCAACUAUUGGACAGUACAGCAAUUAUAUCCGUCCUUGAAACGUAUCUAAAAGACAAAUCUUCUGAGUUGCGGGAAAUUAUCAAGUUCUACCCAGUCACCAAGUUUGUCAAUGAAACUGGAAAUGACACUACCGACAUUGCGAACAAAUACUUCAUCAUGCAUCAAGCAAAUGUGCCGGAUGAAAAGGAGAAAGCACUUGAAGCUGAGGAGCGCCAAUGGCGUCAGUGGGCCGACAGAGUCCUGGUCAACACACUAUCCCCUAACGUGUAUAGGACGGCUGGCGAAGCGCUUGAAACUUUCCAAUGGUUCGAAAAAGCUGGCGGAUGGAGGGAGUUUUUCCCCGCGUGGGAGUGCACUCUCAUGGUAUACAUCGGGGCCGCCGCUAUGUACAUGAUUUCUAAGAAGUUAAAGACCAGGCACAAGAUAAAAGACGAUCCUCGCGAGUCGCUCUAUGACGCAGUCAAUGAAUGGAUGGGUGCAGUACAAUCGAAAGGCACUCCUUUCCUGGGGGGUGACAAGCCAAAUUUAGCCGACGUGACAGUGUUCGGAGUCCUCAGCAGCAUUGAAGGGUGCACGGCUUUCCAAGACUUGAAGAAAAACACGGCAGUUGAGAAAUGGUACUACGAGACAAAGAACGCCAUAGAAAGAAGAAUGGGUAAAGUUAUUGCCAUGCAUGCUUAAAUAUCUAACGAUAUAUUCGUGUUUUGGUGUUGAUAAGCAACUUUGAUACCGAUCAUCAUCUUUGAGAACUUUUAUAGUUUGUGACUUUCCCGAGCAAUAGUAGGACUACUUAAUAUUUAAUAUUUUUAGAUUAUUUACAACAUACCAACGUUGAUUUACUCGUAAUAUUAGUUUGGGUCAAGUUUUAGACAAAUGUCGACAGUAUCAGUUUUUUCUUGCUAGCAGAAACGCAUUCUAAGAUACACAUAAGCUGCAUACGUUAUCAAAUGUUUAAAGAUGCUACGUCUACUUUAUUAACAUUAACUACAGAUUUUAGAUACAAUCCAUGCAGCUGUCACUAACAUACCCGGUACAUUAUUACCUAUUGUGUCGUUGCUUAAUGCAGAUUCUAUAGCAGUUAAUAUAUAGGCGCAAAAGGUGAUAAUUGUGAAUGCAAUGUUCAAGGAAAUAAUACGACUUAAAUAACUUCCACUAAGUUGUUUCGAUCCUUGCCGUUAACUUUAAAAGCACGUGGUACGUAGAUAAUUCACAUUACCCAUUUUACGAUUAUGCAAUCCAUAAUGAGAUUUAGUCAAACUUUAAAGAAAAAUAUUCCUGUACAUAUUUUUCUUUGUUGAUCAUUUUGAGUCAGUUUUAUUCAUGGGAGACAUUGUAUAAUUGCGUCCAAAAUUAUUUACUACCUGAUCUAGCGUAAUUAUAUAUUUGUUGCAUUUUGUUUAUCGAUUGUGUAGCCUUACAAAUAGAGUACCUACUAUUAUAACAGUUACAAUAAAAUUGGUUCCUAGUGAUGUAAAUACGUCGUUGAGAUUUAUGUAAAUGAGAGUUUCGUAAUGAAAGUCUUAAUUUGUAUUUAUUAAAAAUGUAGUACAUUUUCAAUGACAAUGAAUCUCGAUAGCUCGGCUUGACUAUUUUU